CAUACAGACAGCAAACACUUGCCUAAGAAAGUUCUCUGGCUGUGCUGUGUUGACAUUUAUUUUCUUUAAACACUCCUCCAGCACGCUCCACACAUCUCCACUAGCCAUCUUUUCUCCCACAUGUGUGACCGUCUGUGUCGCAGAUAAAUACGUUCGCCGAAAAACUCUUCCACUGUUGUUUGGUUCCGAGAUACACCGAGAUACAAACAUGGCGUCCGCCGUGCUGAAGGUUGCAGUGGCAGGUCUUUCCAGAUGUUCUCAUCUCACACUCAUGAGGGCACAUUCAACGACAUCACCCCUCCAUCAGGGCGUUCCUGGAUCACUGUGGAAGCUGGGGAGGCUAAACCACAUUGCCAUCGCUGUCCCCGACAUGGAGAAGGCCACAGCUCUGUAUAGGGACGUGCUGGGGGCCACAGUGAGUGACAAGGUGCCCCUGCCCGAGCACGGCGUCUACACGGUGUUUGUGGAGCUCGGCAACACUAAGCUGGAGCUGCUCCAUCCUCUGGGGGAGAAGAGCCCGAUCGCUGGCUUCUUACAGAAGAACAAGUCUGGAGGAAUGCACCACAUUUGUAUUGAGGUAGACGACAUUAACUCUGCAAUAGCCGACCUGAAAGCAAAGAACAUCAGAACUCUGUCAGCAGAGCCCCGGAUAGGUGCUCACGGAAAACCAGUGAUGUUUCUCCAUCCUAAAGACUGUGACGGUGUGCUGGUGGAGCUUGAAGAAGCAUGAACAUGUCAGUCUGACAAGGAUUGUUGUUAAUUGUUAAUUCACAUUUGUAUAUUUCACAAUCAGUUUGACAACAAAUGUUCAUUUUGUAAUAUUGUUCUAUAGCACUUAGAUAGUGAUCUUCUCAUUUCAGAAAUGUGCCUCAAAGUUGUUCCAGGGCUGUUCUUGACUUCCCCGUUGUGUUGGGAAUAAAUUGUGUGGUGUUCAAUGCAUGUCCAUUUGCAUUUGAGUCAGGAGUCUGACUUGUCUUCACCCCACUAUACUUCAACAAAAACUAGGAUGACUACAUACAACCAUAGGCAGAAUGUAGGCCAAAUUUCCUAAUAGGAUUCACACUUUAUGACUACAACAAAGGUAUAAAAUGUAUUCAAAUAUUAAAAAUGUCUGUCUUUUAGGUGAAACCGAAAUAGGAAACAUGCUUAAGUUCAGAGUGUUUAAGAGUGCAGUACAGUAAAGUUGGCCAAAGAUUCAAAAUCGGACACGUUUUCUUGGCAUGCAGUAUAAAUAGUGAAUAUAAACACUGGUUUCUCCUUUUAUUAAAGUUGAUUGUCAAUUAUGUAUUAUUUAAAACCACUAGGAGUGACUGUAGUACCAACAGUCGGUAUCCCUGAAAGAAAACAGACCUCUGUGAUUACAAAAGAGAACUUGUGAUAGUGACGCAGACCUGCGCACAAACAUUUCAUUUACACUUCCUGUAAAAUGUUUCAAGUUCAUGUGUUAGAAAUCCCCUGAUUACUUGACUUUUUAUAGAUUUAGAGAUGCUCCAAACAAUCAACAUACAUACUGUAACUUUUAAAACUAGUCUUUGGAACCAGGUAUUUGAAAUACUUGGGCACAAAAGAGACAAGUGACAAUUUGUUAAUGAUCAUAAUUAGUUUCACGUCAAGCUACUUAUUUUUGGUGUAUAUUUUCUAGGGACCACAGGCUUUGAGGAAAACAGUAAUUAUGUUCUUCACAUUCAGAUAAACAUUGUGAUUAUUUUCUCGAUUACCAGUCUCUGGAGUCUCAUUUGGCUACCAAAAUGUUGGCUGUCCAUCAUUUUAAAUACAAUACCAAUAGCCAGAUCUUUAAAAAAAA